UUUGAAACUCCCAUAUGCCUUUCCCCUCACUCUUUCUGCAUCUCGUUAUUUCUCUCUCACAAAGUCUUGUCAUCCCGCAUUAGACGAGAACGAAUUUGUUUAUCAUCGACAUCGGCCGUUUCUUGAGUCCUCCCACGCAUUCCGCUGGUCCGUCCGGCCCUCAUCUUAUAUCCCCCCCACUCUUCGCCUUUAUUCAGUUCAUUUCAUGUCUUCCUAAUCUCUCCGAGCAAUACAAAUCCCGUCUGAUACCCUAUACGAAUCUCUGUUUAUCGUUGGAGUGGAGUCCUUUCUGGAACCAUCUCUCCAUCGCCUUGUCAUCUCAGUCGUUGUAGAAUUUGGUGUAGAGUCUUAAACGGCAGUCUCUCAAAGAGAUUCAGUCGUAUUGGUUCAGUUGAGGCACCGAUGUCAACAUGGCGACAGUCCUCCUAGCCCACCAGUCCCAUCGGUGGAGCAUGAAGAGGCCCGCUGUGAUCCAUUCCCAUUCGUCCUCUUCCGCCAAUGCAGCUGAGCUGUUUCCCCCAGAGGCAAUGAGAACCGAAUCGGGCCUUGAGAAGAUGGCACUCUCAUCGAACUCCGGACCGCGACCUUCCCUAUUUAACUCGCUCUAUCUAUCCUCGGAAGAGACUCUGUCUCCAGGCGAUCCUGGUACCGGCGAUUCAGACUCUGUUGAGAGCCCUGAUGACGAUGAUUGGGCCUCCCUGUACGAUCUGUGCCCUGACGAGAAAGAGAAGGAGUUUAGGGUUGUUACGAUCAACGCAUGCCCAGGCCGUCCACGCAUCGUCAACGUCCCGGCUUCGCCAGAGCGGACGACACGCAACUUGGCCAGACAAGCCCAGAAGAACAUGUCCAGCGUCUCGCUCGAUUCCCCACUCCCUUCUCCCCUCGUUCCGGAAAGCAAAAGGUCUUUGGCUAAAAACCUUCUACGCCGCACUGAUCGCGGUAGAGAGCUAAAGGUUUCUACGAAGCUCGUGAAGUCGCCGCGCAGGUCGCCUUACAACCUCCAAUUGGACACCCGAGCCGCUGCAUCGAUGGCUUCUUUACCAUAUGUGGACAACGCUAGCCAUCACCGGAAUGCGAAUUUCGGGAUCAUGGCACAGUCAGCGACGGAAGCUGCCCAGAGCCCUUCUGAGAGCAGCAGCACCUACUCGGAGAGGCUUAGCACGAGCCUCGGAAUGUAUGACACCAGUCCAGACAUCGAUGGCGAGUCAUACACUUCAGUGUCAACCCCCGAUGAGUACCAGGAUACAAAACGGCGAGAUACACCCUGGCCCAGUGCAUCCGCUCCUGCAGUCAGCACCAUGCGUAUGGGCGCAGAGUCUUUAGCGACGACACAUAUGAGAGGGUAUGCAUCGAAGAAUGCUAGCAGCAUUUCUCUUGCCCGGACACAAGCGCCCUUCCAAGCCACAAAUUUCCUGGACCACGACCCAUACAGAAAUGACCCGUCCGAUUCGCCACGCAAACUACAACGCUCACGACUCCGGAAUAUCGGCCAUAGUAUCAGCCUUGGUCGCUCGAAAUCAAAGAGAUCGGCACACGCCGCCCCUGACAACACUUUCCACGAUGCAGAGAUCCCAUCGUCUAACCCCCCACCGAUCCCGCCGCUGUCCCCUUCUCGCCAGUAUGAUCGCCGCGCCUCCAUUUCCGGCGUCACCGCCCUGGCUACUCGCAUUGCCCAAUCUCCCUCAUCCAGCGCAUCUAGCAGCACCUCGAUUAAACCCAGCCGGUCGAUCAAGCGAGCAGCAACCAUCGGACGCCAAAUCGCACAGCAGAAUGCGGCGAACAAUGCAGCGAGCGCAGAGCGACGGACACCGGAGGUGACGAUUGGGCGGACGAGGAUUAAGCUGGUACCGCGGGGUGCGGACGAGAGGGAGAGGCCGCUGAUGAUGCCGGCUUGGGAGGGGAGGCGGUAAGAACCGUGCAUGAAGGGGUGGAUGCGUGGGAAGCCGUUUUGGAUUCUGGCUUGGAGGGUUGGUUGGAUUCGGGUUGGUGGGGGAAUAGAGAAAGGAUACCCAGGUCGUUCAUUUGACCGCGCCCUCGUUUGGACUUUGGAGGCUUGCGUAUGGUGACGCAAAAUGGUGCCCUGCAGGCUCAGUGACAUGUCGCAUCUGAGAUGCUGAGAUGCCUGUUGACAGGCUCUCUCAACUUUUGUAUGACGAUACGGCCAAAUCGCUUGAACGUAUACUAUGAAUAUCCCAAUG